CAGAAACCACCCAUUAGCGCCUAAAGAUUUCUCAACAGUUCAAACUCUUUCUUGGAUAUACAUUUUUAUUUAUUUUUAAAGUUACAUUUUUUUUUCGCGUGUGUGCGUACGUUUGUCGCUUUUUCUCUCUCUCUGUGUUUUUUUUUAUUUCAUCGGUGCUCGCUAACAGCACUUGCCCCAACAGUCUGUUCAGGCUAUACACGCAGGAUCUUUGUCUUUGUGUUUUCUUCUACGCGCCGCGUUGACCUUCCUUGAAGUCGCACUUGACCCAACAGUCUUCUGAAGGCUACGCGGUGGAGUGUAGGAGGAUCUUUGUCUUCAUCUGUGCACUACGUCGGCUCUGCUACGUGCGCUCGUUGAGAAAUCGUUUGUGGCCAGGUCGCUUCUAAAAAAAUAAGAAAAAAUAGCGAUACAAAGACAGCGCAGUGCGCCUUCACCUGGUGAAGUAAACACAUUUUAGUUUAGUAAGCGAGCGGCUCUUCCACGCGAACAAGUUUGGGAUAAACCGCCAGCCUUUUCCUUUGCUGGUUGGACCCCAGCCAAUAGGCACCCUCCGACUAGCACGGUUUGGCUACGUACGGUGCGAAAGAAGUUCAACGCACAGACAGACACACACACGUCGCAACAAUGUGCACGGGCAAAUGCACCAUGUGCGUGGGCAUCUCUCUCAUCCCACUCGCCGUCCUUGCCAUCCUGGGCAACGCGCUAAUGUUUUUCCCCAACGGAGCAGUCGACCACAUUUUCAUGGAGGAACCCACCGCUCGCAUCACCGUCUACGCACUGUUCCUGGGAGGCAUUGGAGGCGGUGGAAUUCUGGUCCUGCUAUCAGCGAUGCAGAUGAUAUGUGCGGGACUCAAGCGGGGCUGCUGCGCGAACAGAUGUGGGAUGUUGAUGUCAGUCCUUUUCUCCGUCGUGGGCCUGGCUGGUUCUGGCUAUUGCCUUGCUGUAAGCACAGUGGGGCUCAUUCAAGGACCCAAAUGCAACGUGAAUUCCACGUCGGAGGAGUGGAUUUAUCCAUUCGAGCAGCACUUCCCCAACAUUAACCAGGACAACGUGCAAAGCAGCUACCUCUUCAACAGCACCUUGUGGGACGUCUGCUUGAAGCCCCCGAACGCCGUGAAGUGGCACGUGGCCCUCUUCACGAUCGUCGCGGUCACGGGCGCUGUCCAGGUGCUGCUGUGCGCUGUUCAGUUCGUCAACGGGUUCCUCGGCGUGCUGUGCGGGACGUGUCGCAAGGAGAAAGCGGCUAAGAAUCAGCUACCGCUCACGCGAAUGUAAAGCACGUGGUGGUGGGGGGGGGGGGGGUGGCAGAACCGGCCCUAGACCUUUGGGGGCCCUAAGCAAAAUUUGGUUGGAGGCCCCUUUGAUGUAUGAUUUUUUUCACCCACUAGCUAGCAGUGACUCUAGGGGGCCCUCUGCUGGCCACGGGGCCCUUUGCAAUUGCAAGGGUCGCUUAGUGGCUGGGCCGGCUCUGGGGGGUGGUCUGGGGAGUGAUGGUGGUGGGGGUAAGUGGGGUACUGGGGAGGGAUGGAAGGGGGGGGGGGAGGAACUCAAGGAGGGGACUGGGGGAGGGGGGGAGCGUACGGAUUGGAUUCCUUACUCGCAAGGACAAGACGCUGAUGCUUGCGCGUGUGUGUAGAUGGGGAGCGGUGGUGUAGCGGUUAGCGCGCUGCGCUAUGAGCGAGGGAUGCUCCUCCCCUCCCCCCGGCUCCCCCCCUCCCCCCGCCCCCCCCUCCCCCCGGGAGCCCCCCCCCUUCCUCCCUCCCCCCCUCUGUAAUAAGGUAGGACACUGGUAAGGGGUUGACUGGUUUGUAGUUAUGAGUAUAGUGGUGAGUGUACUAGUGUAACGAGCGACUUCUGCGACGCGUCGUGUGGAGGGUACUUCUUUAUUUCUCACACUGGGCACAACACAGGGCAACACUUCAACGUCUCACACUGAGUACAACACCUAAGAUAUGAACGCCUCUACUAGCUACACACGGCCGAUCACUCGGCGCGGUCCCACCGCCCUCACUCCGCUACGCCGCUGACUGGCGGCGUGACGAGGAACGGUGAUUCAAACCUCGCGGGAGAUCUUCCACGUGGCUGGAUGAUGGAGAGAUGACGGCGAGCAGCGAGGCAGUCCCGGGCCCAAGACUCCACACGCAAACCCCGAGCCCCGGUCAACCCCCGCUUAUAUCUCCCCGGGCGCGGCUAGGCUCCGCCUCCGGCCACGACCUUUCGUGGAAACUUCCAGCAGGUUCCUGGAACAUCUCAGCCAACUCCGCCCAUUACCUCCCUUUCAGAUUGGAUGUUUUUUUUCUUCUUGGUUCUUUCGGUAAAGUCACGUAGAAGGGAAGUAAUAAAAUAAUAAAAAUAAAACAUAAUAAAAUAAUUCUCACGACGUUUCAGCCACAACGCAAGCAGCCGUCCUCAGGUGAAGAAUGAGACAAUGCCAAGCUAGGAGCUUAUAUAUAAGCUGCGUUGGAGGUGGAAGAGAGAGCGCCUUAACAAAAGAAUGUGCAUAUGAAGAGGAAUUUAGCAUAUACAUGGAAAAUGCGUAGGAGGUGGGCGGGGGGGUUUCAAAGUCAUAUUAUGCCCAUGCAUUAUGCAGGAUCAACAGCACCAAGGGGGGGUGCAGGGAUUAGCAGUAACAGAGGAAAGGAAUGUUGUCUUAGCCGUGCCCGUACCCAAGCUUCCCUUUCCCAGCCAGCAGGUGUCAUCAUGUCAUUACACUAGUGGUGUGUGUACUCGUGGUGUGUGUACCAGAGGUCGCAACCGGGUACCCGAUACCUGUACCUUACCCGAUACCUGUCUACCCGUACCCAGCCGGGUACGGGUACGGGUAGGCCGUGAGUCACUGGUGAGUAACCGUUUGUCACUCAUUUCUGGUAGGGUAGGGUAGGAAACGGGUACCCGUACCCGGCCGGGUACGGGUACCUAUUUGCGACCCUGGUGCGGCCGGGUACGGGUAAGGAAUCAAAACCCGUUUGUGACCUCUGAUGUGUACUAGUGGUGAGUGUACUCGUGGUGUGUGUACUAGUGGUGAGUGUAGUAGUGGUGAGUGUACUAGUGGUGAGUGUACUAGUGGUUAGUGCACUAGUGUUGAGUGUGGUGGUGGGUGUGGUGGUGGGUGUACACGAACAAAUAGAAAAAAAUAAUUAUCAUUACUUAGAAUACCGGGUAAACCGUAUGGGUUGACAGGUAUGUACACGGUACCCUAUUGAUCUAUAUGGGAUCCUAUUGAUCUAUAUGGGACCCUAUUGAUCUAUAUGGAAUCCUAUUGUUCUACAUGCAUACCUGUGAACCCCUAAUCAGUGGCUAUCUUAUUACAGACCAAUUCAGACCUGGGUGGUCUCCCCGUGCUUCUUAUAAAUAUCAACGUUCAUCCUACGAAUUCCCAUAACAAGGGAAAAAACACAAAUAGACGAAAAAUGUGUUUUCUACCCGUAUUAAAACGUCUCUACACCGUUUGUACCUCAAAAUGUAAUUUCCUUGUAGAAUACGGAAUUAACCGUAUGGGUUGACAGCUUUGCGAACUUCACAGCUCUCAUUAAAUUAAAAUUAAAAAUACAAAUAAAAUAAAAAUGCGGUGCAGUAAAUGAAAGCAUUUCCAGGCCCCAAAAAAUACAAUUUAAACCGCGUUUUUAAUUAAUGAGUUGUUAUUGUAUUUUUUUAACACUGUUAUUGAAAACAAAUCUCAUGGUGGUUGUGAUAGAGGGGCCACGUCCCCCCCCCCCCGCCAACUCGUAGCUUUGGCUGGUGACACUGCUGCGGGAAGGCCAUGCGCAUGACCUGCAGAGCAGAAUAAAAAAUAUAUUGUCACGACUUGAACAAUGAUGAUGAUGAGUGCAUUCGGUUAUGAUUACUCGCUGGCAAGAGACGCCAGUUCUUAUCGGUGGUGGUGGUGGAUGGCUGAAUCAGAAUACGUUUUGAAUCGUUUUUAAGUCAAGAUUCAUUGGAGGAUGCUCAUCCGACAUUCCGCCUAUUUACCUAAAAUCCAGAAAUGCCACAUUGAUGAGCGACAGCCAAUUUUUUACAACACUAAGUCUCAGAUGGAACAAAUGGAGAUUAGUCCACGCACUUUUCUGUACCGCAUCACCGAGCGAACCACGGGAUACACGGCUGCUACUUGACAUCCACUGGAAAUAGACCGAAAUCCGGAUCAGAAUAUGUAUUCAUACUGCAGGAAUCCGAUGAACUAAGAAGCAAUUUUUAUUCCAACAACAACAACAACAUCUGUGCAUGCUCCACUAACCCUCGCUACUACCUCCACAGCGCUGGAUGAGAGGUCACGUGCAGUUUAGCCACCAAACACCGCCGCCACCCAGCUUGUAAUCAGAUUGCAAAUUGUUUACAGAGCUUGUAAUCAGAUUACAAUUAUUUGCCGCAGUUGAUUCAUGGCUCCGACUGUGAUUUAAACGUGGCUAAGGAUGUAUAUUUUUACUGACUCGUGUGCCCGAAUCUUGCCAAAGUUUUAAAUCUAAACCAAAACGACGUUGAUUACUUUAAAAAAAAGUUAAUAAAGUGUAUUUGGAAGUUUCGAAA